AUGCGUGGAGUGGAUGAGAACUGGCAAGCAGAUCUUGUUGAUAUGACGGCCUAUUCCCGCGAAAACAAAGGCUACAAAUAUCUUCUAACAGUCAUCGAUAUAUUUUCAAAAUAUGUCUGGGCUGUGCCAACUAAAACUAAGUAUGGGAAAGAUGUGACAAAUGCUAUGGAGUCUGUACUGAAACAAGGUCGUAUUCCAAAGAAAUUACAUGUGGAUCGUGGCAAAGAAUUUUACAACAGAGAGUUCAAAAAGCUCAUGAAAGAUUAUGGGAUUACCAUGAAACUGAAAGCUCAUAACACAACGAAAAUUAAGUUCAAAGUUGGAGAUAAGGUACGCGUCAGCAAGUACAAGAAUAUUUUUGAGAAGGGCUAUACACUCAACUGGACAACGGAGAUAUUCACAAGAAAUGAAGUUGUGAAUACCAAUCCUGUAACCUAUAAACUCAUUGAUUAUGAAAAUCAACCAAUUGAAGGUGGAUUCUAUCAAGAGGAACUGACAAAAGUGAUAUAUCCUGAUGUUUAUCUCAUAGAAAAAGUACUUCGGAGACGUGGAAAUAAAGUUUUCGUCAAGUGGUUGGGCUUCGAUAAUGCUCACAAUAGUUGGAUCAAUGACGAUGAUUUGUGA